UAUUGGGCUUGGGUCACGCCUUCACCCUGCACUGUCAGCUCCAACCCAACAGAGGCAUAUAUGAACGGGAAUGACCAAGCAAAGCUAGUUGCUGAAGAUGGGGGAUGCUCCACUAUUGUAGCAAAGUUUUCUGUUUUCUUAAUUUUUGUUGUACCACCACAGCGAAUUCUCUCUUCUUACCCUGUAGAUUUCCCAGUUCUCUUCCCCAGCUUUUAUAAAUAGCUUCUUUGGUGGAGUGCCCAGUUACCAACUCUCAAUCUGCAUCUCACUGAAUCCAGCCCCACAUUUUUCUGCUGAUUGUCACUUGUUUUUGGUGUUCGAGAUUGAAUUUUGGGGUACAGGAAAAAAAGGAAACGAAAAGGCCGCUAUGGACUCCCAGGUCUUGGUGGCCCUUGCGCUCUCGCUUGUUGGUGGAAUGAGUACUUCUCUAGGUGCGCUUUUUGUUAUAAUUAAUCAGGCUCCCAAUUUGAAGAUGCUUGGGAUUUUACAGGGAUUUGCAGCAGGUCUGAUGCUGAGCAUAUCAUUCCUGGAUCUGGCUCAUAACGCCAUGAACUCUAUUGGAUUCUUAAAAGGCAACCUUUGGUUUUUUGCAGGUGUCAUAUUCUUCGCUGUUGUUGCUAAUUUUAUUCCAGAACCGACGCUCGCCCCUGUUUCAGAUGUAAAAAGUAAAAAGAAAACUGGAGAUGAAGGUGGCAAGGACAUUAUGAAAAAGCAUCGCCGUCAAGUUUUAUUCAGUGGGAUUAUUACGGCAAUAGGCAUAAGCUUGCACAAUUUUCCUGAAGGAAUGGCAGUGUUCCUUGGGUCAAUUAAGGGUCUUCGUGUUGGUGUCAAUUUGGCCUUGGCCAUUGCGCUGCACAACAUUCCAGAGGGUGUUGCUGUUGCACUUCCUGUAUAUUUUGCAACACAGAGCAAAUGGCAGGCAUUCAAAUUGGCUACACUUUCUGGUUUUGCUGAGCCCCUGGGUGUUGUAAUUGUAGCCUAUCUAUUCCCAAGCAGCUUGAGUCCUGAAAUUCUUGAGGGUCUACUUGCUUCUGUUGGUGGGGUGAUGGCUUUUCUCACCCUGCAUGAGAUGCUGCCACUGGCGUUUGAUUAUGCUGGGCAGAAGCUAGCUGUCAAGGCCGUGUUCUUUGGAAUGGCUUUCAUGUCUGCAAGCCUAUAUUUUCUUGAAAUCAGCUUACCCGAGGAGAUGAGCUUGUAGUCAUGGAUCAGCCUUUUGGUAUUCCCACUGCUAUCCUGCCACGAUGGGGUUUUCAAAUGGUGCCUGCUUUUGUCAACUGGCAUUGAAGACCUUUACUAAUGGCUGGCUUCGUUUGAUCUCAAGACAGAGAAGGUAGAAAACUUAUCCCUGUUUUUGUACUGCUUGCAGUUCGUAUCAUUAAAUAACAGAUAUGUACUUCACAGUUAGUGCUUUAUUGGAGAGACAGAAAAAAAAAAUUGAAAAAGAAAUUCAAGACUAUGGAAGUCUUCUUUAUUAAUUGAUAUCAUUA